GAGGAGGUGGGAGGAGACUAACCAAUCAGCGUGCAGGAUAGGCAAGGCAAGGGGUUGAGGAGUCUCUCGCGUACGUCUCCGGCUCCCUAGCUUCUGUCAGGGGAGCCGGUUGUGCGGAGGAGGCAGAGGAGGCGGGAAGACGGCUGUGGUUGAAGGGACGAUUGCGGACUUGCGUGGAGGAGGUCCGAGGCAGCGGGCAACCAUGGUGAUGGCGGCGAAGAAGGGUCCAGGCCCGGGUGGCGGGGUCAGCGGGGGAAAGGCGGAGGCGGAGGCGGCCUCGGAGGUGUGGUGUCGCCGGGUGCGGGAGCUGGGCGGCUGCAGCCAGGCGGGGAACCGCCACUGCUUCGAGUGCGCCCAGCGCGGCGUCACCUACGUGGAUAUCACCGUGGGCAGCUUCGUCUGCACCACCUGCUCUGGCCUCCUGAGAGGCCUAAACCCCCCUCAUCGAGUCAAGUCCAUCUCCAUGACAACUUUCACUGAGCCUGAAGUGGUAUUCCUGCAAUCCCGUGGAAACGAGGUUUGCAGGAAGAUUUGGCUGGGCCUUUUUGAUGCUCGGACAUCUUUAAUACCAGAUUCCAGGGACCCUCAGAAGGUGAAGGAGUUUCUCCAGGAAAAAUACGAGAAAAAGAGAUGGUAUGUCCCCCCAGACCAAGUCAAGGGGCCCGCUUAUACCAAAGGCAGUGCCUCCACCCCCAUCCAGGGCUCCGUCCCGGAAGGAAAGCCCCUGCGGACUCUCCUGGGGGAGCCUGCGCCGUCUCUAUCCGCCGCUGCCUCCACCUCUAGCCAGUCUGUCAGUCAGUCUCAGCCUCGGACGUCCCAGCCCCGGAGCUCUCAGCCGCCUCCCCACUCCUCGGUCAAGAAAGCCAGUACUGACCUGCUGGCCGAUAUAGGAGGAGACCCCUUUGCUGCUCCCCAGGUGGCACCAGCUUUCGCUGCAUUCCCAGCCUUCGGGGGCCAGACACCCUCCCACGGAGGCUUUGCCAACUUCAAUGCCUUUGGCAGUAGCGCCGGUCCGUCCGCGUUUGGAAGCAUUCCUCCUGGCAGCCAAGGCCCGUUCCAGGCCCAGCCCGCACCCACAGCCAGUCGGAUGCUAACUGGAAGUUACAGCUUUGCUCCCCCCACCUCCAUCUCGCCUCCUGCCCCUUCGCUCCUGCCUCACCCCAGCACGACCUGUUCUGUUUCCUGUGAUCGCCCAGGGAGCAGCCAGGUGACUCGGUUUGCGGCCUCUCCUCUGGCACCGGCCAGUCAGCCCAGCAGCCUUGCAGAUAUGAGUGGCCUCCUGGCGCCCGGACCAUCGGCUGGAGGUAUCCCUAGCAGCAUCUUCGGGGUGGCCGGCCCGGUCCCCACGCUCCAGUCGGCCACAGCUGGUGGAGGCGGCAGCACUGGCCUUGCCUUUGGAGCCUUCACCAACCCUUUCACAGUACCUGCUGCUCUCCCGCAGCCGCCUUCUACCAACCCAUUCCAGCCCAACGGCCUGGCCACAGGGCCCAGCUUUGGGAUGAACAGCGCUGAGCCUGGCUUCCCCCAGACAGGGCCACCCACCAGGGCCUUUGUCAGCACCUUCGCACCACCCCUGUUCCCCGCACAGACCUCGGUGACUCAGCAGCAGAAUGGCUCUUCCUUCAGCGACUUAGGACCAGCCAAGUUGGGCCAGAGGCAACUGAGCCAGCCAGCCGGGACCUCCACCAACCCCUUCGUGACUGGAUCCUCAUCAAGCCCGUUUGCCUCCAAACCUCCAACCACCAACCCAUUCUUGUAGCACUGUGGCCUGGGGGGGGGCUCUUCCCUGCCGUCUGGGGCCCCUCUACUCCCAGGAGCUCUGGUGACCAUUUGCCUGUGGCAUUUCUGCGGGUCUGAGACCAGAAUGGGCCUUGUUUUCCAGGGAAGCAGUCUUGGGGAUGGUGGAGGUGCUCAUGCUUCGCUUGGGGCUUGCAGACAAAAGGGCAGCUUCCCAGGUCAGCUGCCCCCAAGGCUUCUCCCCUCCUCUCCGCAGCCCUCACCCAGGCAGGAGACCCAGGAGGAGAGAAGGCACAGCCUGGCCUAGAGGACUGAUGGCGUUUGAUUUCUCAAAUUACUAAUCAUGAUGACAGGAAUCUUCACCUCCUGCCCUCAGCAUACGUAGUGGUCCCUUCACUCCCAGCCGUGUGGGCGGAGGAAACUGUGGGCACAGACUGACCAGCUUCCUGUGGGAGCCAGCCUCCCGCCCCCCAUUCCCGACUUUCCAGUGCUGGUCUCCUUGUGGACAGAAGCACAGUGGGCAAAGUUGGGUCAAGGUGUGGGGUUGACCUGGGACAGUGAUCAGACAGGCUGAGAAGGCUGGCUUGGGCCAGCACCCCCUUUCCCUCCCCACCCCCACCAGGCCAGGAGGCCCUCCAUGGUUUUGCUUCCCCGGCAACCUCCCUCAUCCUGGGUACUCAGGAUGAAUAAUAGUUUUGCCUACUACUUAGACAUGCCCAACUCCUGUCAAGCACUUUAGUUCGCUGUGGUGUCAUGUUUGGAUACCGGUGUUUUAUAUUUAUACAUAGAGAAUUUUCUAAUAUAGUCUAUUAUAUAUACACACACACGCACGCACACAUAGAGAUAUAUAGACACAGGCUGCCAUUCUGCCCCCAGAUAGCUCUCUCACAUGGGGAACGGAACGGACCCCCAUCUGUGCCUCGACCAGCAAAGCCAGAGCUCCAGAGGGUGGUGGGGGUGGGGGGCAGUCACGAGUCCUGAGCACCCCAGAGCCUGGGCUUUUCCAGGGAAAGGCUUUGUGCAAUUGGCUGGUUUGGUUUUUUUUUUUUUCCCUUUCUUUUUCCCAUGUGCCUCCCCCACCCCCCAAAUCUCUGAGCCAAAGCUGUGGCAGGCGAUGUUGGAAAAGAACUGCAUUUGAAAAAAAAAAAAGGG